GAUUAUCCAACUCCCUGUCAGCCCGUAAUGAGGAGGACGACCCAAUCUAUGGCCGCCUCCGCCGCGCGCUCGCCGCCGGCGAUUGACCGGCACGCGGUGCGGCUGAUCACGCGCGUCUCCGUAGCACUGGCCGCCAUCGCCACGCUCUCACUCUUACACCUCUUGCGCCACGCAUCCAUCCACUGCUUCCCCGCGUCCAACCCACUUGCGCUCACCAUCUCGCUCGCCCCCUUCCCCCGCACCUCCUGCGACGCCGCCUCGCGCCGGGUGGUCCCGCCCGACCGCCGCCUCGCUAAGCUCCGCGCCUCCCCGCGCUGGAGACGCCGAGCCGUUUCCCUGGCCACGUCCGCCUUCCCACCGCUCCGCGGCCUCGGCCUCCUCGCGGCUUCUUCCCGCGUCCUCUGCCUCGCCGCGGGCGCCGGCCACGCCGUCGACGCGCUCCGCGCGGUGGGGACCAGGGAUGCCACAGGGAUCGACCUCGUCGACUUCCCGCCGCUCGUCCGCCGCGCGGAUCCCCACCACCUCCCCUUCUCCGACGGCGCCUUCGACCUCGUGUUCUCGGAUGACCCCUCGGCGAUCUCCGGCGCGCUCUUCGCGGCCCGCCUCGCGAGCGAGGCUGAGCGCGCCGUCCGUCGCGGUGGCGGCAUUGCGCUCGCGUUCGACCGGGAGAUCGAGACCGCAGCCGUCGCCGCACUAUUCAAGAAAUCGCGCGUCGUGGAUGUGAAGGAUGUCACCUUGGAUGGCUCCCAGCUUGACUGGUUGAGAGCCAUCCAUGAUACUUCAAAUUGUGAGUAUUUCUAGACUAUACAUUUCGGAGAGGGGAAAAUAUGAAACUGUUCGAAUUAUCGCCUGCUUUGAACAAGUGUUGUGCAGUUCUACAGUUCAUCCAUGCUGUCUCUUGGACAUCCCAUGUAUGCAGUAUGCAUGCUGCUGCAAAUUCCUCGCUCCAGAAGUACCUUUUAUCAACACAAUUGUGCUAAGUGCUACUUACUUUGCAAAGUAGAAAGCAAAACAGAAUGUCCUCUCAGGCCCUGAGUCGCACAGUUUGAGAGCCUCUUCAUGAUACUUCUGAAUUCUGAAUAUUUCAAUGCACCCCCAGCGUAUGUUCCUGUGGUUCUUCCUGCCGCAGUGCCCCUCUGUUGACAUUUGAUUGUGGGAAUGAUAUAUAUCGAAUCCACACCAGUCACCAAAGCGAAACAUAGGGCCUGUUUGGUACAGCUCACAACAGCUUCAUGAGCUGUUGUGAGCUGUUUUUUUUUGCCAAACACUAAGCUGUUGUGAGCUGUUU